AUGGCAGGGACAGGAGUCAAGGUCACACUCUUCAUCUUCUCAGCCCUCGGGUUCUGGACAUUAUGGGGAUUUCCUGCACGAAACAACCUGCUACACUUUCUUGGAGAGCUCUCUGAACCUGGCGCAUCGAUUCCGGGACCAGCGUAUUACCCUAUGAAACAGCGCUGGACGGGUAUAGAGCCUGUCGAUAAACAACUGACCACUCUAGUUGGCUUCUUCUACACAGCAAUUGACGGAAACAGAAUUGAUAUUACGUUGAGCUUCUUGAAUCUUGGAAGUCAGGUGCUUGCUGCGUGGAUCUUGAUUACUACGGAGAGUUAUCGAAGCGGCAAUAAAGGGAGCCUCACUAUCACGUCCAUUACCAUCUUCGGCCUCUUGGUGGCAAUCGUCGGUUAUGCAUGCGUGGCACCGAUCUAUUUCGUGUUGCACCUCAUCAAUUCACCUGUUGUCAAGAACCCUCGUGACUGGAACGUCGUCCUCGACCAGCCCAUCAAACUCGCAAUAGUUCCUGUCGCAACACUCAUAGGCUUCGGCAUCCCUUCCGCACUAAUGGCACUUCCCGCUCCUGGCCUGCUCACCCUAGAGUCCAAAUUGAACUGGACCGCCAUACAACAAGGCUGGCCUAUCUGGAUCUAUUUCUCACAAAAGGCACUCGAAGCUCUCGUCGCCUGGUUUGACCCGAUGGUCAGCAUGCGAACUGAAAAGCAGAAACGCGCUGAGACAGCAAAGUACAUGUAUCGUGCCUACGUCUUCGCCCUCGGCGCAUCGGCUGGCGCACACUUGCUCUUCGUUGGUAUGGGUUUGGCCGCCUGGUUGCUUCCAGGUGCACUUAGCGCGAAACUGCAGGUCCAACUUCAUCCCGAGAACUUUUUUAUCCCGCCGAAUCCGUUCAGUGAUGAGAAGGCUACCACUCUUGCGAACGGAGCGCUAUGGUUUCUGCAAUGGGACCUGAUUGUUGGAGUACUGAGCACGAUGGUUUGGGGUAUUACGGUGAGGUUGAGUGCUGUUGGGAAGGUUGAUAGUUUUGGUGCUUGGGUCGCAGCGUUGAUCAAGUAUGGGUUUCUUUCGGCAGUCGUGGGCCCCAGUGGUGCGGCUGUUUGGGCUAUUUGGGAACGUGAUGUGGUUGCUUUAAAGGUCAAGAGGGAGUGA